UCUAUGCAAAGCGCGGAGCACACCGCCGGGCUCCGAGGCUCGCGCGCUGCUCCGUGGCCACCGAAGUCUCUCUCCCUCUCUCUCCAGCAUCUGGACCACCACUCCCCGCGAAGGACCCCCUACCGUCCUCCCUCCCUCCCCCGCAGGGGCACCCGCGGCACUGCCUGGCCUCUCUCCAUCCUCCGCCCCCUCCUGCUGUUCCUGACGGAUCGGGAAUUUGAUUUACUCCCCGCCCCUGCCUGCCCUGCCCGCCGUCGUCCCCCUACCAUGAGCCCCUUGCGUGGCUGCUGCAUCUGCUGCUGGCUCCUCCUCCUCUUCUCCUUGGGCGUCCAGGGUGCCCCAGGAUAUCCCAGCGCUAUCCCUGAGCAAGUCCAUCUGUCCUAUCCCGGUGAGCCGGGUUCCAUGACGGUGACCUGGACCACGUGGGUCCCCGCCCCCUCGGAAGUGCAGUUCGGGCUGCAGCUGGCGGGGCCCCUGGGGCUCCGGGCGCGGGGCUCGGCGCGGCCCUUCGUGGACGGCGGCAUUCUGCGGAGGAAGCUCUACAUCCACCGGGUCACGCUGCGCCGGCUGCUGCCCGGGGUGCAGUACGUUUACCGCUGUGGCAGCGCCCAGGGCUGGAGCCGGCGGUUCCGCUUCAGGGCCCUGAAGACCGGGGUCCACUGGAGCCCCCGCCUGGCGGUGUUCGGGGACCUGGGGGCCGACAACCCGAAGGCCUUCCCCCGGCUGCGCAGAGACACCCAGCAGGGCCUGUACGACGCCGUGCUCCAUGUGGGGGAACUUGCCUACAACAUGGAUCAGGACAACGCACGUGUCGGGGACAGGUUCAUGCGGCUCAUUGAACCCGUGGCCGCCAGCUUGCCAUACAUGACGUGCCCUGGGAAUCAUGAAGAACGCUACAACUUCUCUAACUACAAGGCCCGGUUUAGUAUGCCAGGGGACAAUGAAGGCUUGUGGUACAGUUGGGACCUGGGUCCGGCCCACAUCAUCUCCUUCUCCACCGAGGUGUAUUUCUUUCUCCAUUACGGCCGCCACCUGGUCCAGAGGCAGUUUCACUGGCUGGAGAGCGACCUCCAGAAAGCCAACCAGAACCGGGCGGCGAGGCCGUGGAUCAUCACCAUGGGCCACCGGCCCAUGUACUGCUCCAACGCCGACCUGGACGACUGCAGGUGGCACGAGAGCAAGGUCCGCAAAGGCCUCCGCGGGAAGCUGUACGGGCUGGAGGACCUUUUCUACAAGUACGGAGUGGACCUGCAGCUGUGGGCGCACGAGCACUCGUACGAGCGACUGUGGCCGAUUUAUAACUACCAGGUGCUCAAUGGCAGUCUGGAGUUGCCCUACACCAACCCACGAGGCCCUGUCCACAUUAUCACGGGAUCUGCGGGCUGUGAGGAGCGGCUGACCCCCUUUGCCAUCUCCCCGGGGCCCUGGAGUGCGGUGCGCGUGAAGGAGUACGGGUACACGCGGCUCCACGUCCUCAACGGGACCCACGUCCACAUCCAGCAGGUGUCUGAUGACCAGGAUGGGAAGAUCGUGGACGACGUCUGGGUGGUGAGACCCCUUCUUGGCCGGAUGACGUACCUCUAGGGAUGGGGGCUGCUGCCAUCGGGAACUCCAGGCCUGUCGCCUUGGAUGGUGUGACUGGACAGCGCCCUGUCCCGGGUGGGGAGUCAGGGCGGGCCCCUGCUCCUGACCCUCUGGAGGCCCUGUGUGUCUUGACGGAACGGGGCAGGUGGGAGGCCGCGCCCUCCUCCGCAUCAGGCGGGCGCCCCUCGGGAAUAAAAG